AUGUCGAAAUCUCUACCGUAUUCAGUCAAAGAUGUUAACUACGACAAUGCUAAGUUCAGACAUCGAUCUCCUUUAAAGGUUCUUUCACAAAGCAUGCUUACUCUUAGCACAAAACGGAACUACGCAAGCUGCAGCACUGGGAAGUUCCUAAUACUAAUAUUAAUCUUUGGAAUAGCAUGUCUACUACUGAUGAGUAAAGGUCCAAAUGAUUCUACUAUUAACGAAAAAGGGAAGGUCACUUUUGUUGGGGGUCUUAGGCUUGGGAAGCUUCUGAGAAAGCCACCUAGGCUUCCGCCUCGAUUAUCACCUGACGAAGGACAGUUAAGAGGUAAUGGCUCGAACUCUGACCCAAAAUGGGCAGCUAGACAGCAAAGCGUGAAGGAUGCUUUUGACUAUGCAUGGUCUGGCUACAGAAAGUAUGCAAUGGGUUAUGACGAGCUUAUGCCUAUUAGCCAGAGAGGUGUGGAUGGCUUAGGAGGACUUGGUGCCACUGUGGUUGAUGCUCUUGACACAGCUAUGAUAAUGGGUCAUGAUAACAUCGUUUCUGAAGCGGGAGCAUGGGUGGAGGCUCAUCUCUUGGAGAGGAUUAGUCAAAAGGAUCAAGUUAAUCUGUUUGAAACUACAAUACGUGUUUUGGGUGGGCUUCUAAGUGCGUACCAUCUGAGUGGAGGAGAUCAGAGUACGGUGAACAUGACACAUAACGGACCAAAACCAGAUGUUUAUCUUAAUGUUGCUAAGGAUUUGGCUGACCGUUUACUUUCAGCUUUCAAAUCCAGUCCUACUUCAGUUCCUUAUAGUGAUGUUAUAUUGCGUGACUCAACCGCUCAUCCAGCUCCAGGAGGAAUGAGCAGUACAGCAGAAGUUGCCUCUGUACAGCUUGAGUUUAAUUACCUCAGUGCUAUCUCUGGUGAUCCAAAGUAUAGCACAGAGGCCAUGAAGGUCUUAGCUCAUAUAAAGACUCUUCCAAAGACAGAAGGUCUUGUUCCAAUCUACAUCAGCCCUCAAUCAGGUGAAUUUGUUGGUGAAAAUAUCAGGUUGGGAUCUCGUGGGGAUAGCUACUAUGAGUAUUUAAUCAAGGUGUGGCUUCAGCAAGGAGGCAAAUUGAAUAGUAAUUUCACAUAUUUGCAUGAUAUGUACACUGAGGCCAUGAAAGGAGUCAGGCAUUUACUUGUGCGCAAAUCUAUUCCAAAAGGUCUUGUCUUUGUAGGAGAAUUACCUUACGGGUCAAAGGGAGAGUUCAGUCCAAAAAUGGAUCAUCUGGUAUGCUUCUUGCCUGGUACUCUUGCUCUUGGGGCCACCAAGGGACUCACAAAGGAGAAGGCCCUGGCGGAAAAUCUUUUAUCCUUCGAGGAUCUGGAGAAUUUGAAACUUGCAGAAGAUCUAGCAAAAGCAUGCUUUGAGAUGUAUGAAGUAACUGCCACUGGCCUUGCUCCAGAAAUUGCUUACUUCCACACACAGGACUACAAUGAGGAUGGUCUUGAAGGUGGGAAUAAGAGUUCAAUGUAUGCAAAAGACAUAAUCAUACACCAGGCUGAUCGACAUAAUCUACUGCGCCCUGAAACCGUUGAAUCACUCUUUGUCCUCUAUCGUAUCACAAAAGACACAAAAUACAGAGAUCAAGGUUGGCAGAUCUUUGAAGCGUUUGAAAAGUACACAAAGGUGAAGACGGGUGGAUACACAUCAUUGGAUGAUGUAACGGAAGUGCCUCCUCGUAGGAGAGAUAAGAUGGAGACAUUUUUCCUUGGUGAAACAUUGAAGUACUUAUACUUGCUCUUUGGAGACGACUCGGUGAUUCCAUUGGAUAAGUUUGUUUUCAACACCGAAGCUCAUCCACUUCCAAUAAAACAUACCUGA